AUGGGAGAGGCAAACGUGAUUUUGGGAGUUAGAAUCAUAAGGAAGAAUGAUAGUCUAAUGCUAUCACAACAGCAUUAUGUUGAGAAACUUCUAAGGAAGUUUGGACAUUUCAAUAUCAAACCAGUGAGUACUCCUUAUAAUCCUAACUGUCAAUUAGAGAAAAAUAGAGAUGACUCUAUUGUUCAAUCUGAAUAUGCACAGAUCAUUGGGAGUCUGUUGCAUUUAAUGAAUUUUUCACCAACACCAUCUGUAUCAAUGCGUUGUGAUUGCCAACUGGCAAUAGCCAUUGCAAAGAAUAAAACUUUCAAUGGUAAGAAUAGACAUAUUCGUCUGAGACAUAAUGUUAUUAAGCAGCUGCUGAAAGAUGAAACUAUUUCCAUUGAUUAUGUGAAGUCAGAAGUGAAUUUGGCCGAUCCUCUGACUAAACCUUUAGGGAGAAAAAUAAUAGAUGAAACAUCGAGGGGAAUGGGACUUGAGCCAAUUUGA